UGGGAAUGGUGAUAUUCGAAUAAAGUAAUAUAAUCGGAAAAGGAAAACGUAACCCUUUCUCUUCGAUUAGGGGUUUUUGGGUGCCAAAUCUACUCGACUUCUUCGAUUGAAUUUGUGAAAUUUGAUCCCAAAUCCCUAAUUUCUGCUAACGUUUUCUUGAUUCAACCAUGGCUACUGCAUCAGUGGCAUUUAAAUCAAGGGAGGAUCACCGGAAACAGCUAGAAUUAGAAGAAGCUUGAAAAGCGGGGCUUGCACCUGCUGAGGUCGAUGAGGAUGGAAAAGAAAUUAACCCUCAUAUUCCUCAGUAUAUGUCAUCGGCACCUUGGUAUCUUAACGCUGAGAGACCAAGUUUAAAGCAUCAAAGGAAAUGGAAAUCCGAUCCCAAUUAUACCAAAUCUUGGUACGAUAGAGGCGCAAAGAUAUUUCAGGCAGAAAAAUAUCGAAAAGGAGCCUGCGAAAAUUGUGGAGCCAUGACACAUGAUGCAAAGUCAUGCAUGGAGAGGCCCUGUAAAAAGGGGGCAAAAUGGACAAAUAUGCACAUUGCACCUGAUGAAAAGAUAGAGACCUUUGAAUUGGAUUAUGAUGGCAAGCGGGACCGAUGGAAUGGUUAUGAUGCUUCUACUUAUGCUCAUGUGAUUGAAAGGUAUGAGGCAAGGGAUGAGGCUAGAAGGAAAUACCUGAAAGAGCAGCAGUUGAAGAAGUUGGAGGAAAAAAAUAGUAAAAAUGAUGGAGAGGGAGAAGGAGGAGGAGGAGAGGAUAGUGAUGAAGAUGAUGACGAUGAUGAGCUGAAAGUUGAUGAAGCUAAGGUCGAUGAGAGCAAACAAAUGGACUUUGCUAAGGUUGAGAAACGUGUUCGUACCACUGGUGGAGGGAGCACUGGUACUGUCAGGAAUUUGCGUAUCCGGGAAGACACAGCAAAAUAUCUUUUGAAUCUUGAUGUCAAUUCUGCUUAUUAUGAUCCCAAAACUCGAUCUAUGCGUGAAGAUCCUCUUCCUGAUGCUGACCCUAAUGAGAAGUUCUAUGAAGGUGAUAAUCAAUAUAGGAUGAGUGGGCAAGCUUUGGAGUUCAAGCAGCUCAAUAUCCAUGCAUGGGAAGCAUUUGAUAAAGGUCAAGAUAUUCAUAUGCAGGCUGCUCCAUCUCAAGCUGAACUCCUCUUCAGGAAUUAUAAGGUCAUCAAAGAGAAGUUGAAAUCAAAGACCAAAGAUACCAUUAUGGAAAAAUAUGGCAAUGCAGCGACUGAAGAAGAGAUACCGAUGGAGCUUCUCUUGGGGCAAAGUGAGAGGCAAGUCGAAUAUGAUCGUGCUGGCAGAGUUAUAAAGGGAAUGGAAACAUCGCUUCCAAAAAGCAAGUAUGAAGAAGAUGUUUUCAUCAACAACCACACAAGUGUUUGGGGUUCAUGGUGGAAGGAUCACCAAUGGGGCUACAAAUGUUGUAAGCAAACAAUUAGAAAUAGCUACUGUACUGGUGCAGCCGGGAUUGAGGCUGCAGAAGCAGCAACAGAUUUGAUGAAGGCUAAUAUUGCACGUAAAGCAACAUCUGAAGAUGCCCCUGCUCCUGCAGAGGAUAAGAAACUUGCUACUUGGGGAACUGAGGUUCCUGAGGACCUGGUUCUUGAUGAAAAACUUCUUACUGAGGCACUUAAGAAAGAGGAUGAGAGGAGAAGAGAGGAGAAAGAUGAAAGAAAACGCAAGUAUAACGUCAGAUGGAAUGAUAAGGUUACUGCUGAGGAAAUGGAGGCAUAUAGGAUGAAAAAGGUACACCACGAUGACCCCAUGAAGGAUUUCUUGAAUUGAAAAGGUAAAUGUAAGAGCAAAGAAAAUGGAUAAUGCCAAUCAGCUUUGUGGUUGUCACUGAGUUGAUGAAAAUCAUGUCUUUGUUUUGUUUGUAUAAUACACUAAAAGUAUUAAAUUAGGUUCCAGUGACAGAUGGUCUUGGCUUCUUGUAAAUUAUGACCCAACCUGCGUCCUUUUGCAAUACGAUCAUUUAAAAUUUCUCUAACAUGUAGGAGCUUGAAAGGUUUACUUGUAUUUUAUUUUUUGGCAAUCAAGACUCCAAAGUGACUUGGUA